CGCUAGCAGUCACGUGGCCUUGCCAUUCCGUGGCAUCGAAAACUUGAGAGCAAGUCUCGUUCUUUGAGUGAUUCUGGUCUGGUCUGGUCGUCUAUCAACCGUCGGUUGUGCUGGAACAAUCCACGCGAAUGGCUCCAUCAAUGCGCCUAGCGCGCGUCUCGGUUAAGGUGCAGGGUGUUGCCCUCUGCCUGUUGCUGUUAUGUUUGCUCCAGAACACCGUAGUGCAUUCUAGUGAGAACGCUCUAUCGGCGCCGGUGGAACAGGAACGGGACGACGUGAUGGAGAAUGUCGAGCCAGCACCGAUCGAACAAACCGAAGGUCUACAUCUCGAGGCACGCAUGGCUCUUCCAGAUCCCGAACCAAGGGCCCCGCAUGUGGAGAAGGACCAAAUGAUAGGAGUGCUUGUUAAUAAGGAAGGCGCUCUAGUUCCAGUGUAUCCGACCAACCGAUCCGCACUGACAAAGAGCAAACGAUACCAACUUCAUUUGCUAGACAUUUCGCUAAUGUCUGCGACAGUCAGUUUUGGCAAUGGCUCCUAUCCGGACCACUACCCGAAGGACAGGAUCCUGAAGGCACUGCACAAAGCGGGCGCCGGUUACGAGAAUGUGUUUGCGAAGGUAAUCGAUCUGGGUAAACUGAGGGAACGUAUAGACUCACCGAACGAUGGGUAUAUGUGCUCAUCGGCGCUUACUCACGCGUAUCCUACCUACGAUCCCGUGACGGAUGUGUACAUCGUGAACGUGGAAGGCUUCUACCAGGGCAUCAGCUUCGAUGUGUGCAACGAGGUUGGCGCACUGUGCAGCAAAACCUGCCAUACCGAGGCGGAGCGGUUUGUUUGCGACCAAAACUAUGGCACUAUGGAGGUCGUUAUCGCACGGGAAAAGAGGAAAGGUGGCGACAUGGAGUUAAGUCUCGCGCGGAUGAGCUACCCUUCCAGCUGCAAGUGCCGACGCUUGUAACCGAGAGAUGAAAACGGCGAACGACAACAGAGGCUAGCUGCAACUGCAUCUCCGCUGGACUGGACUGGACCACGGCGAGUUAGAGGAAAUA